UGAGCUCCGGGUUUUAUGAAUAACAGCGAGACGAGCUGCAGAGAUUGAGAUUCAAAAUGACAUCAUUCGCCCCCAGCAUUGCAGUCAAAGUCGUCAAAUAUCACCAAAGACAAACUCCACGAUGGUAAAACAAGAGAAACGGAAGAAGCAAUAACGAAAGUAAGAGCUCAAAUCUGGGUUCUUUCCCAGAUUGCUCAACGCCGUGUUGUUGGGUAAUCGGUGGUCAUCAAACAGAGCAGCUGGCUGUGGUUCUGGGACACCUGCGACACGGAGCGGUCAUGUGCGUCCGGACGGUUCUGUGGGUCCUGCUCUUCACCUCCGAGGUGUCGCCGCAGCAAUACGAUUAUGGAGACGGAACCUACGAGGAUCCGCAGCCGCUGAACUGCUCGACCACGGAGAGCAUCAAAGGCGGACGUGUCACCUACUCACAGGGAGGGCUGGAGGGCAGCGUGCUGACCUAUCACUGCGGCGCGGGGCGGUACCCCUUCCCGGUGAGCCAGCGGCUCUGCGGCGCCGACGGGGAUUGGUCCCUGGUGAGGUUGACCGACGGCAGGCGGGUGCACCGGGUCACGUGCAAAGACGUGCUGUGUCCGGCUCAGCUGCAGCUGGACCACGGGGACCUAUGGCCCAGAGACCAGUGGUACCGAGUCGGGGCGACGCAGAGCUUCUCCUGCCAGGACGGCUUCGCCCUGCAGGGGUCGGCCCAGAGGACCUGCGCCCUCUCUGGGGAGUGGACGGGUGGCGCCCCCGCCUGUGUCGACCACGCUGGCGACUGCAGCGACCCGGGGAUCCCACCGGGGGCGCUGAGGUCAGCAGGCCGGUUCCACACCGGGGAGAAGGUGACCUACCGCUGCCAGGCCGGUCUGGAUCUCCUCGGGUCGGCUGAACGGGUGUGCCUGGAGAACAGGGAGUGGAGCGGCUCAACGCCGCGCUGCCAAGGCGCCAACACCUUUGACUCCCCCGGCGCCGUGGCAGCGGCCCUGGCGGGGUCACUGGGAGGAAUCAUGGACGUCAUCUCGCCGGACUCCAAAAAGAAAGACACAACAGGGUCCUUCGCCAGGACCUUCCGCGUGACCGAAGGCAGUCGCAUGAACGUCUACAUUUUACUGGACACGUCGGGAAGCAUCAGAAAGCAGGACUUUGAUCUCUCCAGGAGCGCCACCAUUGCUCUCAUCCGAAAGCUGGACAGCUACGAGGUGCAGCUGAAGUUCCACGUGCUGUCGUUCGCCACGGAGACGAGAGACAUCGUGGACAUCAUGGAGACGGAAAGGAGCGGCAGCGCGGACGCCGUCGUAUGGAGCCUGGAGCACUUCGACUACCUGAGCCACGGGCUCAAGACGGGCACCAACCUGCACGCCGCCCUGGAGCGCGUCGCCGAGGUCAUCAGCUUCUUGAAGCAAGACGACGCCGGGAACCAUUUCAAUGAGACGCAGAACGUCAUCAUCAUAGAAACAGAUGGUUACUCCAACACCGGCAGGAAGCCUGAGAUCGCCCUCAACCAGAUCCGAAAUCUGCUGGGCUACAGCGCCGCGUCACGUGAUCACACCGACGAGACCAUGCUGGACGUCUAUGUUUUUGGAAUUGGGGAUCAAGUCAACAAAGCGGAGCUGAACUCCAUAGCCUCGAAGAAACGAGGCGAGGAGCACUUCUUCGUGGUGAGAGACUUCCGAACCCUGGGGCAGGUGUUCAACCGCAUCAUCAGUGAUCAGAGCGUCACAAUGUGUGGGGUGGCUCAGGAGCGGGAGGACGGUCAGGCGACAUUCACCAGACCCUGGCAUGUCACCUUGGAAACGGCCUCAAAGUGUGUCGGAUCCAUCGUGAGCCCGAACUGGGUGCUGACAGCCGCUCACUGCUUCAAAGGGCUGAGCGCCGGCGACCUGCAGAAGGUGCACGUACACCACGGUGACGGCCCGUCGGCUUCCCAGAAGGUCUUCAUUCACCCAAAGUACGACGUCAGGGCCCUCGAGCACAGGAACGUGUCCGAGUUCUACGACUACGACGUCGCUCUGGUCCAGCUCGACCAGGAGGUCAAGCCCUCCUGGAGGGCCAGACCCAUCUGCUUGCCGUGUACCGUACCAGCGGAUCGAGCCAUGAAGAGAGUCAACUCCACCUGUCGGCAACACAGGAAGGAGCUGCUUCCACACGAGGAGACCGCCGCCUCUUUCAUCCACAAGAACGUCGCACGCCAACAGACGCACGUUCACACCGAGAGCCAGAGGCCCGGCUGCGUGGAGAAGGCGAGGCAAACACUCAGAGAUCCCACCAACGUGACUCUGGACGAGUACAUACCCGACCGGUUCCUCUGCUCCGGGGGCUCCUCGGGGUACCAGGACGCCAUCAGCUGCAGAGGUGACUCGGGUGGAUCCCUGUUCCUGCAAAAGAGAAACCGCUACUUUCAGGUGGGAGUCUUGAGCUGGGGCACGACCAACGUGUGCGACCCCCCCGGCGUGAGAGGGUACAGCAGCGUGAGGCCGCCUCCGGACGCCCGAGACUUCCACAUUGACCUGUUCCAGGUGAUGCCGUGGCUGAAGCAGCUGCUCGGGGGGGAAGUCCAGUUCCUGCCCGACGACGACUGAGGACCUCGAGGAACGGCCUCGCGCAACGAGCGCAUCAGCAAAUGUGUGAAUAAUCGUAGACACGGUCAUCGAGUGUGUUCUAAAACUUUAUUGUCAAUAGGAAUAGAAAUAACACUGAUUUUUUGUCACUCACAACAUAAAAAAAUAAUGAAAAAAAAAACAUCUUUCUGGAUUCUUUCUGAACGCAACACAAAUAAAUGAGGCCUAAAUAAUGGAAAUAUACCUGAGCUGAAACAAA